CAUCAAUAUGCGAGGCUCUGCCGAUAACCGAACGAUGGACGGUGUAUGGACCUGCCAGUUUUGCACUGCCGUCUUCCAUCGCUUAGACCAUCACAAGCGACAUACAGCUACCCACAGCGCGGAGAAGCCCUUCAAAUGUGGAUUCUGCGGCUCUCAGUACAAACGAGGAGACGUCCUGCGACGACACUGGAAAUCUUGCUCCGCUCGUAUACGCACUGGCCAGGCCAUCCCCGGGCCUCGCAUAGGCGGCAAAGAACGUCAUGCAUGUGAUGCCUGCGCAAAGCUUAAGAAGUCCUGCGAUGGGGGGCAACCAUGUAUCGAAUGCUCCACACGACGGAAGCCCUGCACGUAUCUGCGGCUCCAAGACAGUGGAGGACUCCCGCGCAGCCAGGGCACGGACUCCGCUCUGAACGAGAAGCCAUUGCCCCCAGAGUCGACCCAUCCAGUGCCGGCUCCGGAACUCUCCACAUGGAAUCUUGGGCCUCAGACGUUCUACCCGGAUCGUGAGGCUCGCCUGAGGGCUUAUAGACUACGUAACAUUGUCCUGGACGAGGGACAGAGUUAAGCUCAUCGUCUAGAUGGUUGAAAAGUGCACUUAGGAGGAAGACGGGACUCUCACGAGCAUGGAAGAAUCAAUCACUGUAUAUAAACAUUUUGCAUAGAGAAGGAGCCUGAACUUCACUUACC